GGGCGGUACUUCCGGCGCGUGUGUUACGUAGCUCUGAGCAGCAGACGAGUUUUUCUUGUAGUUAUUUCGUAUCCGUAUGUCUGAGUAACCUCAGAAGUCGGAGCUGCUCAGCUUGCGCUGCUGAAACUGCUGUGUUGAACGGAGCCAGUUGUUUGUUUUUUUUUAUCCGUAGGAGUGCAGCGACCCUUAAGCAAUGCAGGCCGUCACAGCUACAAGGUUAUUUUUUCUCCAGUACCCCAAAACUAUUGCGGUGGUCACACUUACAGGAGUGGGUUUGUUUGGAUUGAAGAAAUGGAUGGCUGGGGGAGUGUGUCACAGCAAAGCCAGGUUAGAUGGAAAAAUCGUACUGAUCACCGGAGCCAACACUGGAAUCGGCAAAGAGACCGCCGUUGACCUGGCCAGAAGAGGUGCGAGGGUAAUCCUGGCCUGCAGAGACAUGGACAGAGCUAACAACGCUGCAGAGGAAAUUAAAAAGAAAAGUGGGAAUGAUAACGUGGUCGUCAAAAAGUUAGACUUGGCUUCUCUGCAGUCGGUGCGCCUGUUUGCAAAAGACGUUGCUGCAAAUGAAGCGCGUCUGGAUGUUCUCAUCAAUAAUGCAGGCGUUAUGUGCUGCCCACAAUGGAAGACUGAAGAUGGCUUUGAUUUGCAGUUUGGCGUUAAUCAUCUGGGUCAUUUCCUUCUAACGAAUUGCCUGUUGGAUCUCCUAAAGCAGUCAGCACCAUGCCGCAUCGUCAAUGUCUCCAGUUUAGCACAUGAAAGAGGUCAAAUCAACUUUGAUGAUAUAAAUCAGGAGAUAAAUUAUAAUCCUUGGAGAAGCUACUCUCAAAGUAAACUCGCCAAUGUCCUCUUUACUAGAGAGCUGGCCAAAAGGUUACAAGGUACCGGGGUAACAACAUACAGCCUCCACCCUGGAGUUAUUCGCACUGAGCUUGGACGACACUUUUUGCCCACCAUACCCCUGUGGAAGAGAGUGUUAUACAAACCAUUCAGCUUCAUCAUUAAGAAUCCCACAGAGGGCGCACAGACCACCAUCUACUGUGCUGUGGAGGAAAACCUGCAAAACGAGAGUGGAUUUUACUACAGCGACUGUGCCCGUAAAGCAACUGCCCCUCAGGGACGUGAUGAUGAAGCUGCCAAGAAGCUGUGGGAUCUGAGUGCCUCCAUGGUGGGUCUGACACCGUCACAGUGACGCGAAUGAUGGUGGCGAUGGCUGUCGUUGUCUUCACAGCACCGAUGGGAUCGCAAAGCAACCCCAAUAAUGAACUGGUGUUCUUUCUGGCGAGGAUCAGUGUGACUCUCACAAAUAAGAUAACAAGCAAAACACAGGAAUUCAUGUUUGAUAGACAUUUAUUUAGAAUGUACAACAAACUACUUGCAAAAAUACUAUCCAUUCAACUAUGUUGUAUUUUCUCUUUUUAAAAAGAAGCACUGCUUCACAGGUAAGAGACAUGGAAGCUGAACGAUCGUUAAACUGUCAUUAAAUUACAUUUUUACCAUCGUCUGCAUUGACUGGGAGCUCAUAUGUUAUCCACUUUUACAAGACGUACUUUCAUAAGCCUUUUUUUAACACUGCUAAUCGUGACAUUUUCAUUUUUUUCUCAUGGGCAUUAAAGUGCUUUUAAACAUCACAGCCCAUUGUCUUGCCCAUAAGGCAGGAUGUUGAUUAACAUUGGGUUUACUCAUCCUUUGUCUUUAUUUUGUUUUAUGUCAAAUGAACAAUGUAUACAUUGUUAAAGGGCAGUUCAGUAUUUUUAAAGUGAGAUUCUGUAAAACGUUAUAAGCACUAAAUAUCUUACCUAAAUCUUCAUUUUGUCUAUAUUCAGAUUGGUUGCCUCUGAAUGCUGACCCUAAGCUAACAAAUAAUGUCACAAAACAACUCCAAUCUCCAAAAUGCUAUAUCGGUUUUUGCAAAGACUAUUUUAUUAACCGUUAAACUGUUGCCAUGUUUGCAUUGGGCAGAUAUUUGCAGAGAACGUAAUGAUUAUUUACAAGAGAAAUGAAGGUUGGAGGCGGUCCACCACUAAUGAUCCUCCUGUUUGAAACAUGUACUAUGAACGGAAGAACUAAUGGGGUCAGGUCAGAGUAACUGAUAGAAAAGUAAAAUGGUGUGAGAAGUAAAAAUAUUACAGCUUUCAAGUGAAUGUUUUUUUUUUUAUUGAAGAGUGGCAAAGAAGAAGUGAAUUGUUGAACUAUACAUCUUCUUGCAAUGUAACGCUAUGAGUGGUACAUUAACCCUGUAAUACACGACCCUCCACUGUAAAAGAGUGUGGUGGGGGCACCAACAUACUGCGGGGAGGUUUUUCUUCAGUAAGACCUGGGAAGCUGGUCAGUUUAGAGGCUUCCAAGAACACAGUUUUAAUCACUUUUUACACAGUCUUAGUUUUCUCUCACACUCAAUGAUUCACGUGUUAUCGGUAUGUGUUUCACACAAAGAGAUAAAUGGUGGCGCACCACCUCCGGCUUCCAUUUUCUUUGUACAUUAACAUAGGCUUCUUUGAAAAUAGCUGCCCAAUGCAAACUUUAUGGUUGUUUAAAAGUUGAUCAAAUAUGAUUUGCUAUGACUAUUUGGCCUUUGGAGUUGUUAUAAGAGCAUUGCUUACAUUUUAGCUUCUCAUAGCAUUAACUCUUAGCUUCAGCCUCUUAGAUCUAAUAAGCUGGAUUUGCACUAAAUGAACACAUCUAGAGAGGUAUCAGCUGCAGUAAGGAUAAUGACUACUUCCAUUCUUCUAGUAGAAUCCCGCUUCAAAAAUUCUGAACUAUCCGUUUAAGUUCAUGAACAUAAACUGCCUUCAUAUAAUAAACAUAUCUGUUCAUUCCUC